AUGUCAAACAAUAACAGCAAUGAAACGAGGGAAUAUGUAAAAUCCUACAUUAAAAACACAUAUGCUCAGGAUAUACUAGAAAGUGAGCAACCAAAGUUCGAUCCUAAUCGGUCAACAUCAGCACCACCAUUAACCGCAAAACAGCAAACUGACGAAGGCGACGUUAGUUCUAAAAGCAAUUUACCCACUCAAGAGAAUAUAUCAGCCCAUUUGAAUAUUCAUCUGCCUACGCACAACCCUAUACCCUCUUCUUCUACGACGAACAGGUCUACUGACACAGUACAGAAUAAAAAACAGGACGGAAAUAUAGAGUACACACUUUCAGCGCAAGAUUUCAAAGAGCAGAGAAUAGAAAUACAUGAGGCGGCAACCACAAAUUGUGUGGAUUUGCAAGAAGAACUUUUUCAAUGCUUUCAACACGGCAGUUGGUGGGAUAAGGCUAAAAUGUGUGAAGAACAAAAGCAGAAAUUUUGGGCUUGCUUCCAAGCACAGAAGGCUUUUUUAAAAGAAGUCAAUUAUAAGUCACCUUUCAAUACACAGGAACAAGAUGAUAGAAUUUUGGCGAGAGCAUUAAAACUUAGAGAAAAGAUAGACAACUCAAAUAAAGAAUAG